GUGUAGCCAAAUAAAUAAUUGAAAAUGGCUUGUUCAAAAAACAAAAUUGAUGAUACUGUAGACAUUUUUAACAGUGGAUUUCUUCCGUUUCCAAAGCAUUUCACCACCACAUGUAUACAUGCAACUCAAGAACCGGAGAAAUGGAAAUCUUUAGCCAUAGUGCCUCCCAUAAUUAUGUCUUCCACCUUUAAACAACCUGAACCUAUUAAACUCACGGGAUAUAUUUAUGGGCGUGUCAAUAAUCCUACCCGAGAAGCAUUAGAAGGAAUUCUAAAAACAUUGCAUGGCGUCAAAUACGCCACUACCUUUGGAUCUGGAAUGGCGGCGACAUCUGCUUUGCUAGCCCUGCUCAAACCAGGAGAUCAUAUUAUUUGCACGGACGAUGUUUAUGGUGGAACAAUUAGUCUCCUUUCUGUAGUAGCUGUUCAACUUGGCAUGGCACUAACAUUCGUAGAUACAAUUAAUACCAGUGAAAUUCUAGCAGCUGUAAAUCAGAAUACAAAGCUGAUAUUCAUAGAAACCCCAUCGAAUCCUUGCUUAAAAUUGGUAGAUAUGCAAGAAGUCAGUAAAAUUGCCAAAAAGCACAAUAUAAUGUUCGCAGUGGAUAAUACUUUUGCAACCAUUUACUUACAAAAUCCAUUCGAUUUCGGGGCCACCAUUUGCGAUUACUCAGUAACUAAAUACAUUAAUGGACACUCUGAUAUUAUUAUGGGCAGUUUGAUCACGAAUGAUGACACAAUUGGAAAGAGAUUGCAAUUCUUACAAAUUACAAUGGGUGCUGUUCCGUCACCUUUUGAUUGUUCUCAAGUAAUUAGGGGAAUAAAAACAUUAGAAAUAAGAAUGCAUCAACAUAUUAUCAAUUCAUUAACUGUCGCUAAGUUCUUGGAAUCGCAUCCUAAUGUGGAUAAUAUUAAGCAUCCAGGUUUACCUUCGCAUCCUCAGCAUGAUCUUGCGAAGAAACAAAUGUCAGGUCACAGUGGAAUGAUAGCUCUUUAUCUUAAAGGAGGUGCUAAUGAAACUGAAACCUUUCUUAAUGCUUUAAAAAUAUUCAUAGUUGGAGUAAGUCUUGGAGGUUACGAAAGUUUAGCACAAGCUCCUUACUUUAUGACCCAUGGGUUGGUUUCUGAAGAGCAUAAGAAAAGAACGGGAAUUGUGCCAGGAUUAAUUAGAUUGUCAAUUGGCUUAGAAGAUGUUGAAGAUUUGGUUGAAGACUUAAAUCAAGCAUUAAAUAAAAUCGGCACCGGAGGGGACGCAUGUGGUAAAGUGAGUAGCAGAUGUCGAUGUUCUACUAGCCUUUAACUAAUAAAUAGUACAAAAACAUAAUAGCCGAAUAACAAUUUUGUCUGUUCGAGUGGUAUAAAUUAUUUUCUUUU